AUGCUGGUGGUGAUACGUGCUAACUGGUCGUGGAUAGAGGCGUCGUCGAAACUGCCUCCCUCUCUCCUCUCUCUCUAUAUGUGUGUCGUAGCCCGAGCCUCCUCAGUGGGACCCGAUGAGUUCAUAUGGGAUUUGCCUCAGAAGAGCAAGGUGUUUCCGGAUUACUACAAGUGUUGGCAGGAGAAUAAACUAACACCCAGUGAUAAUUCUGCUAUUAUUCCCCGUUCAAGUGAUGGAAAGGAACAUUCAAAGCUUACUUAA